AUGACUAUUCUACCCCGACAACAUCUACAGUGUACUAUCGACCGAAGAUGUCUUUCAACAACUAGUCGACCUGGUCCCGCUGCAGCAGAGCCUCCAAAUGUUACCAUAUAUUCUGGAACUUCUCGUCCACGACCGUAUCAUUUGAAACACCCGCCUCCUGCGCUGAAAAGAGAUUUACCUCGAUUACAGAAAACUUGGCCUGCAAUCCUUGCUUUUGCCGUCAUCGGGGUGGCUGGAUGGACUGCUUUCCUCACAUUUGUGACAAACCAGGAAAAGAUCUCAAGCUCGGUUGUUCAACAGAUCAUGCGGGAGCUACGAGAGGAUGAGGAAUUGCGGGCGGUUCUCGGAGACGCUAUACGAAUGCAAGGUGAAUGGUGGCUGAAUGGCGAUCCGAGAAUCAUUGGUUCGAUUAGCACCAUGCAAGGAAAUAUCGAUGUUAGCUUUAGAGUCAAAGGGUCCAAAGGUGCUGGCACGGUCUAUUUCACCAGUAUCCGCCGUGAAAAGGGCGUUCCGUUCGAAAUCCUUCGCUUUAAAGUCAUCGCAGAUGACGGUCCAAUUAUCUCCAAGGUCAAGGACGUCACUCAUUGA